AGAGACGCAGACUAGCAAGACGGGAGAAAGACGCCAACAUGGCUGAAGCAGAGGAUAGCGGAGUUACUCCAGGAGGACUUCUUCAGGAAAUCUUCACGUCCCCGCUGAACCUCACCUUGCUAAGCCUCUGCUUGUACUUGCUGUAUAAAAUCUUCCGCGGAGACAGGCCGCCGGCGCUGGACGAGAUGGAGACAUCUUUGCCUAAAAUGAAAAAGAGGGAUUUUACUCUGGCAGAGUUGAAGCCCUACGAUGGAGUGGAGAAUCCGCGGAUUCUCAUGGCCGUUAACGGGAAAGUAUUCGAUGUGACCCGAGGCAAGAAGUUCUACGGACCAGAGGGUCCAUACGGGGUGUUCGCAGGCAGAGAUGCAUCCAGAGGUUUGGCGACCUUCUGUCUGGACAAGGAGGCCCUCAAGGACGAAUACGAUGACCUGUCGGACCUGAACUCCAUGCAGCAGGAGAGCGUGUCUGAGUGGGAAUCUCAGUUCACUGUUAAGUACGACUACAUCGGCAAGCUUCUGAAACCAGGAGAGGAGCCGACUGAAUACACCGACGAUGAGGAGGGAAAAGACAAGAAGACGGAAUGAAGGUCAAAGUGACAGAGAGGGGAAAAAUGAGAGAUGCCUUAACAUUUGUAGUCUGAAACCUUCGGUCUGCUUUUAGGGAUGUUCUCAGAAAACCUUUCCAUUUUCGCCACACAUCCUUUAACUUUUGGACCAAUCACAGCAUUUAGCUUUAUCUCCAUUUAUUAUAGGGCAUUAACGGUUAAAUAUCCUGCACUCUGACGUGGAGCUGCUUAGAAAGACGGAGAAGCAAACAUUGAUCAACCAGUUCCCGAACUACUGUACGCAGCAGCGGACUCUUAGAUUGAUUGGCUGUACGAUAACGUGCACGGGGCGGGGCGGUAUAGUUAAACUUCUCAGAUAAGUUAAACACCACAAGUUUAAAUAUCGAGUGAGAUUCUGGGGGUAGGGGAUGAAUCACACAUUCGGCUGUAUAUCUGGGGUAAGGGGAUGAAAUCUGUUUUAUCUGAACUCCAAGCAGAAUUAUCCAAACUAAAAGCUUUAAGAGGCUGUUUGGGGUCUUUGGAUCGUUCCAGUUUUCAGAGUCUAGAUUCCUGAUGAGAGCUUUUUAAAGGACUGAUUCUGUAAAUAUAUUUCCACAGUUAAGAGGAUAAAUAUUCUGGAAGUCUACAGGUAGAUAGAUGGUAGACAGUUUAAUAAAAACUGAAAUCAAAGGUUUUUAAAAUAUACCAAUUAUCUGGAUUUUGUUUUUUGUACAUGAUGAUAAAAUUGCUCCAUUAUCUGAACUGAAUCUGUUAAUUUGGGGAGUGUUAUAAACUGUCCUCUUCUUCAAGGCUCUAAAUUAUCAGGAUUUUCUGCUGUUUUCUCUGCAGUGUCUUGAUAAUGUGAAACAUGUUAAAAUGCAAACCCUUCUUUUCUUUUUACUGUUUAGUACUAAACAAUGUUGAGUGUCCUGAUUAAAAUCUAAUCGUUUCUCCUGCAGGACUUUUGAUAAACGAAUGUUUUAAAUAUCCAACUCUAAAGAUCAAACUCAUUCUUCUGACUGCUCUGCUUAUGUUUCUGUUUCCAUUAUUUUUAACACUAAAAUCAGGAGCCGGAAACGCCUCCAGACUGAUCUCCAACCAGCCAGGUUUAGUGUUUUUAUCCCCAGAUAAGCAGCAUGAAACCCCGAGUUAACGGCUAUUUACUGAAGGCGUUUCUGACGAGCUUCCUCCAUUAACUCAACAUUUAAACUGUAAACCUGAAUUGUAUUUUUCUGGCUCUGACCACUGUUUUGCUCAUUGUCUUUUAUGCCUUUAAUUUGCUAUAAAAUGAAGGAACAUUUUUGAGUAUGUAUGUAUAAAAUACUUGGGUCAUACUGUCAUAAUCUCUGAAUUAUAUUUUGAUUUAAUAAAGAAAAGUAUGAAAUGA